AUGAAUUUGGAGGAAGUACAACCAUUAGUAUGGUAUCCUUAUUCUGGUGCUUCUGCGCAUGUGACGAACAAUCCAUCACUUUUAUCAUCUUCAUCUCCUUACAGUGGUUCGUCACAGGUGAUGGUUGGCAAUGUUGAACAAAAUAUUUCCAACUCCUUAACUCGAUUCUCAGACUCGAACUGGGCGGGAUGUACAACAACUCAUCGCUCUACCUCUGGAUUUUGCAUUUUCCUUGAGAGUAAUUUGAUAUCUUGGUCUACAAAGAAACAACCAAUUGUUGCACGCUCAAUCACCGAAGCUGAAUAUCGUGCUCUGGCUGUUGCCACAGCCGAUGUUAUAUGGAUACAAUAUCUUACAAUAUUAGGCGACAACUAA